CCUCAGCUCCUUGCCACCAAAGUAGCCACUCAGGUACCUGUGCAGCCAGGCCUUUGCAAUGAUGUAAUGAGAUAUCUGGCCAUAAAUUAAACCAAAGCCACACAGAUGGCAGGCAUUGAUCAUUCUUCUCCAACUAAAGCUCACCUCUCUCUCACUUACUACUUCUUGCUUACUUGAACACUAAAUUGAAUCAUCCCAAUACUCAGAUUUCUCACCACAUUAUGUGUCACAGAAGCUGGAAGCGAGGCAAAUAUGACACUCCAAACCCAUGGGCCUGGAACGGCGGCUUCCCUUACGGUGGAAGCCACAACAGCUUUUCUUGGAACAACAACACCGGAAAUACCACCUCGACUAACUGUGGCAACACGACGUCGGAGAACUGCGGUAAUACGACAACCAACAACAAUAGCAGUAGGAAUGUGACCACAUGGACCAAUACUUCUACCGCCUGCCACUACAAUAACAGUGGGAACAAGACCACUCGCACCGGUAAAAUCUCGGCGAAUGGAGGAAAUGCGAGUAAGGGGGGCGCCACGGGUGACGGGUCCGAUUUGGCAUCUUUUUUCUUCAAGUUGCCGGAUGAUAUUGUGGUUGGUAGUGAUGAGCGUAAUUUUUUCGGCUGAUAUACUUGCUUUUUCAAAGGGGCUGAAAGACUGUCUGCUCCGCACAUCGAUCUGCAUUCUAUGAUAACGAGUCAUGAUGUUGGUCGAGCGAUCGGUUGAAUAAAUGGUGUCUGGUUCCUCGAGCCAACGAAUUAAGUUCUUCAGUCUGGUUUUCUUCUCGACACUCCAUUGGCUUUUGGUGUUGUUAUGUGUAUUACUUGAGCUCUUAUACGCAUCUUUUUCAGCAUCGUUUGUAUGGUGUUUGCUGGUUUGCCGUUCUUGAUGUUUUGACAUAGGACUGUCCGAAGUUCUUCACACUUGUCUACAAGCAGAUUGUGAUUGAAAUGUUUCAUUACCAUGUUGAGUUGCUUGUGCUCAUUCGAUAAUGCACUUCCAUUGAUCAGUGUCGCACAUC